AAACUUGUGUUUUGUAGGUGGACAGGUCGUAUAUUCUGGAAAGGUUACCACCAUACUCUAGAUGAAGCUGAUGUUUAUGAUGUUUUACCACAAGAUUCCACAGUUAAACUUUCAAAUAGUUUGGGCAGGGAAUGGGAGAAAGAGUUAUACAGAUGGAAGAAAGGGGGAAGACCUAGUUUAUGUGGAGCAUUAUGGAGGUGCUACAGACCACAGAUUAUUGCUUAUGUUUUACUAAUUGUUUUAGAGGAAUGUUUACGAGUGAUACAAGCUGUAUUAAUGGGUUAUUUUAUAAGUAUAUUUGACGUGGAUGUUAAAUCACCAAACAAGUUUCGAUUCCCAGAUGUUUAUAUUUUUGCAACAUUUCUAUGUAUCGUUUGUCUAGUCAACAUAUUUUUGGAUCAUAAUUUUUUUCAUCACGGAUAUAGAAUGAGGGUAGCAGCUACUUCUUUGAUAUAUAGGAAGGUGAUGAAAUUAUCCAGUCAUAUUUUAACUCCUAAAAUAAUGGAAGAUAUAAUGAAUCUCACUACCCGAGAAAUGGAUGUCUUUCCUAUGGUUGUAUUACCAGCUACGUAUAUUGUGAUAGCACCAAUACAGUUAAUUAUUAUAAGUUAUUUAUUAUGGGACUGGUUAAAGCUGGGUCCUGUUUGUCUUGCUGGUCUCUUAGUUUUAAUCUUAUUAUUUCCUUUACAAAUAUUAAUGGGAAAACUCUCCCGUAUUUUAAGACAAAAAACAGAUAAUUUUACCAAUCACAGAUUACGUAAACUACAACUUAUGAUAAAUGGUAUCCAGGAAAUAAAAAUGGGUUGCUGGGAAAAAUUCUGUGAAAGGAUUAUCAUCAGUUCUAGGAAUGAAGAGUUGUAUCAAAUGAAGAAGUUAUUACGAUUAUUAAGUUUUAAUAGUGCCUUAACAUUAACUGCUGGUAAACUAGUGAUGUUUGUGACCUUUAUGUUAGUUUUAGUCACGGGACAAAAAGUGAUUGCUAUGCAAAUUUUCACAUCUAUGGCCUUAUUUGAAAUAUUACGAAUGAGUGUCAGUAUUUUGUUGCCUUCUGGGAUAUUGUUCUUUUCUGAUGCAAUGAAAACAGUCUCCAAAAUUCAGGAGAUUUUGAUGCUGGAAGAAAGAGCAACCAUGUCAACAUUAAGUAGAGCUGGUUAUCAAAACCUAAAUGAAUCUGUAGCUGUAAGAUUUUCUAAAUAUUAUGCGAAAAAAAAUAAGGAUCUUGAUUCUCCAGUAGUUUUAGCUAAUAUUGAUUUAGAUCUUGAAAAAAAUAAUUUAUAUGCUGUAAUAGGACCUCCAGAUAAUGGACAGAGUUAUUUAUUAAUGGCAGUGAUAGGUGAACUAGAGAAACAGAAAGGUUGUGUGUACCAUCAAGGUCGUAUAGCCUAUGUUCCAUGUCAACCCUGGUUAUUUCCUGCAACAAUUAGAGAAAAUGUUGUGUUUGGGGCAGAGUUUGGCCGUUAUAGAUACAAUCAAGUUUUACAAGCUUGUGCUUUAUCUUCUUGGAUUGAUGCCUUACCCCAGAAAGAUUUAACAUUAGUUGGUGAGAGGGGGGUUAAUAUAGAUAGUACAAUGCAAGCUAAAAUAACACUAGCAAGAGCUGUGUACCAGAAUGCUGAUAUCUAUUUAAUAGAUGAUAUACUAAGUGGUAUGGAUGCCAAGUCAGCCAUGUUGAUUUAUAAAAAGUGUAUAUGUGGUAUAUUACGAUCUAAAACUCGUGUUUUAGUAACAGAUAAUAUGCAUCAUGCUAAAGUUUCUGAUCAAAUACUAGUAAUGUCACAGGGAAAUGUCCAUUAUUGUGGUGAUUUUGAUGAAUUAGAGAAAUGGGGAAUGAAUACCAAUCAUUUUCUAUCAGCUGGUAUUUAUAAAAAUAUGGACAUAACAAAAUUAACAGAUUAUUCUACACCUUUACUGAAUGAAUCAGGGGGAAGUAACUUGGUGACGCCUGCUUCCUCAACCCCUGAUACUACUAUUAAAGAUAGUUUAAAUGGUUCACUGGAAAUCUUACAUCAUGAAGUAAAGGUAAAAUUAUCUUCAUUUUCACCUAGUUCAAGUGUUUACAGACAUUUCUUUUUAAUUGGAGGUGGAUGUUGUGGAAUAUUUAUAUUUUUUCUACUUUCAAUUUGUACACAGGUUAGCUAUAUAUUAUGUGAAUGGUGGUUGGCAUUUUGGGCUGAAGAGUUCCAAAAUAUGAAUUCAACACUAUUAGUUAAUAAUACUGUAUUUGGUCCAGCAUUAAAUACAUUAGAUGCAAGAGUAUAUAUAUAUUUAGCUGUUGUAUUUGUUACUCUAGUGGUUGGUUUUCUUCAAGCCAGCUUUUUCUUCUAUAUUUCAAAACGAGCCUCACAUGUCCUUCAUAAUAUGGCUUUAAUACUAAUGAUGCAGGCUCCUAUAUCUUUCUUUGACUCCAACACUAUAGGAGCUGUAUUAAGUCGUUUUUUAAGAGAUGUCAGUAUAAUGGAUUCUCUUCCUGCUUUAUUUCUUGAUUGUAUUCAGUCAUUCAGUAUAUUAUUUGGUACUAUGUUGGUAGUUGGUAUAGCUAAUUAUUGGUUAUUUAUAUUAGUUAUACCAUUAUUAAUAACCUUCCUGAUAGCUCGACAUUAUUAUCUUCACUCCACUCAAGAUGUAGAAAGAAUUGAACUAGCAUCUAAAAGUGCAGUAGGAAGCCAUGUUGUAAGCAGUAUGGAAGGUGUACAGUCAUUGAGAGUGUUUGGUGUAGAACAGAGAUUUCUACAUAAUUUUGAUGUUAAUCAAGAUCGUAGUACAGCAGCUUGUUAUUUACAUCUAGCAGCUAAUAGAUGGUUUGGUAUGAGAGUUGAUAUGAUAGGGUUUUUAUUAAUUGUUGGUGUUGUUAUUGGUUCUAUAUUAGUUGUUAAUUAUCAAGGAUCUCCUGUCUCAUCUAGUAUGAUUGGUCUGUCAUUGUUUUAUGCUGUUAAUUUGCUCAAUGUACAACAACCAGCUUUGAGGAAGUCAGCUGCUGUCCAUUUUAAAAUGAGUUCUGUAGAAAGAUUGUUUCAAUGUUAUCAGAUAACACCAGAAUUAGAUUUAUCAGAAACUGAUGUUAAACCCAGCAUUAACUGGCCACAAUAUGGUAUUUUAACAUUAGAGGGUGUUACUUUAACACAGACAUCUAAAGGUCCUAAUGUGUUAAAAAGUGUUUGGUGUUGUAUUAGAGCAGAAGAAAAGAUGGGUAUGUUGUUUAAAUCUGCUGCUGAACAGAGAGCGUUUAUAUGUAUAUUAUAUCGUAUGAUAGAUUAUCUUGGUGUAGUUAGAAUUGAUGGUAUAGAUAUACAGAAUAUUAGUUUACCUCGAUUAAGAGAUAAAAUAGCUGUAAUACCACAGAAUCCCACAUUAUUUCUAGGAACAAUCAGACAGAAUAUUGAUCCUAUAUCAAGAUAUACUGAUGCUCAAGUGUGGAGAGUUCUAGAAGAGGUGAAUCUAUCAUCAUUUGUAGAAUCUUUACCCCAGAGACUAUAUACAGAUAUCACAUCAUUUGUUGAUUUAUUUACUGUUGGUCAUAGGCAAUUAAUACGCCUAGCUAGAGCUAUGUUACGACAAAAUAAAAUUAUUAUAUAUGAAGAACCAUCAUCCAGAUUAGAUACCAGAUGUAAUGGUAUAAUAUUGUCCACAUUAAAAAGAAAAUUUCGUAAAAGUACAGUGAUACAUAUGUCUCAUUUACCAGAUACUGUUGUAGACUAUGAUAGAGUUAUGAUGGUAUCUGAUGGUAGAAUACAAGAAGUAGAUACUCCACAUUUAUUACUACAGAAUAAAAACAGUCAGUUUUAUAAACUAGUCAAUGAUCUAGCUAUAUCUAAUAUUGAUAAACUAAAACAACUGGCUCGUGAUAAAUACCAGAAUAAACCAUAUAUUUCACCACCUAUUAAUCCUGAUGAUUUCGACAAUAACAUAGUGCCAAGGUUAGAAAUACGAAGCCCUAAUGAUAUCAUUGCCUUGCCUUCAUUCCAUUCAUCAAGAUUAGUAGGAGUUUUAAAUCAUUUACCUACCAACAAAUUCUCAACCAAUAGAAUAUAA